AUGGUUAGAACAGUCUAUUCACCAGAGUAUUGUCUGCAAUACUUAGAACAGUACGCGUCACAAGAAGUUUAUGUUAUUGGUUUGAUUUUGGGACAGGUAACUAACUCACGAGAGAAUGUUAUCCAUCUGGCUCGAACACCUGAGGAAAAGACGGAUACGUCGUCAGAAGCCAGCUAUACGUCAGAAAAACCCGAGGCUCGUCGAAGCUUGUUAGGGAUCUCUGAAACAUGGGUUGCCGAUCAUGCUAAACAUGUCACUAGGAUGUUACCUGGUGGAAUGUUCGUUCAAGGUAUUUUUAUUACAAGCGAUGAAGAUAUCUUUGAAGACCCCAAUUUCUAUAGUAAAGUUAAAUCAGUAUUGAACUACACAUACAAAUCAUUGAAUGCCAAUCAAUAUAUGUGUGGCAAUUACCCAGAUUCCAAUGAGAAAUUGAUAUUACACAUGUGCACAAGUACAAAGGUUUUGACUUGCAAGAGUAUUGAACUCGGGACAGGUAGUAAAAUGUCAAUUAAGCCCGUUGAUUGGAAGUUCUUGCCGAAACCUCAACAGUGGCAAAGACUGGACUGUUAUUAUGAAUUUGAUGAUGUCUAUCCUGUGGUUGUAAAGAAAAGUGGAAUAUCUGUGAAACAUCAAUUUCAGCAAAUUUUGGAAUCUGCUCACAAAACCAUUGAGUCGAGUGUCAUGUUUAUUGAUGGUGAAUUAAAGGAUGGAUCAGAAGCACUGGAACAAUUACAUAAAAAGAAAAAACUCAAAAACAGUACAAAGUCCUCUCAAGAUGCACCAAAAUCGAUGCAUGUUUCUCUGUUUGUGCCUUUUGAAAAUUGUUUACCAGAAACAGUGGAGUACCUAGAAUGUGAUGGAAAUAUUCACUUUAGUGGAGUUGUAGCGUCCAGUGUCUUUAUGUAUCCCAAGGCGACAGUCAGUGAAGCUAUAUCUGCAGUGAAACAAGAUAUUAUUAGAUCACUUGCAUCUCGAUUCACUAUGCAUUGUGAUGCCUUGAUUGAUGACAAUUUGUUACCGGAAGAAAAAGUAUGCUUCAAUGAGCCUCCACGACGCGUGUUAGUACCAGUUGGAUCCCUGUAUCUAUGUGACUACUUAUUUCCUGGAGAGGCCCCAGCUGAAGCUUUGCUAUCUGUAAAAGAAUUACUUGACCUGCAAAUAACUGAAGCUGAUGUAGUAUGUGAUAUUGAAACACCAGCAGAUACAUCUGAGUUUGACGCAUUGGACCGCGACACUAGCAGUGAAGAGCUUCUGGCCACGCCACAAGAAGCCAGCCAGUUUAUGUACAUAACAGGGAUAUGUUUUGCAAUGCUCGUCCUGAUUGUAUCAAUAUUCAUACAUUACUACGAUGGCAUCGCAACGUGCCUGGGCAAUUUCUUCUCUAGAGCCUAG